GUUUCGCGCCGGCGUCAUUUGAGAAAAACCAACCUGCAAGUUAGUAAGAGUGUCGUUCGCUGUGAAAUUGAACCACGUGUUUGUUAUAAAUUGCGCUCAUUUAAAUUAUUGAAAGUUCUAUUUUAAUAUAAUCAAGUAAUUUUUCAUUGAAUAAAGAAAAUGCCGGAAGAAAUGGAAACUCAGCCAGCGGAGGUGGAGACCUUCGCCUUCCAGGCGGAGAUCGCCCAGCUCAUGUCUUUGAUCAUCAACACGUUCUAUUCUAACAAAGAAAUUUUCCUCCGUGAGUUGAUUUCAAAUUCAUCUGAUGCCUUGGACAAGAUCCGAUAUGAAUCUCUAACCGACCCCUCGAAGCUGGACAGCGGUAAGGAACUAUACAUUAAAAUCAUUCCUAACAAAAGCGAGGGCACAUUGACUCUGAUUGAUACGGGUAUUGGUAUGACAAAGGCCGAUCUAGUCAACAAUUUGGGUACCAUUGCCAAGUCUGGCACCAAAGCUUUCAUGGAAGCGUUACAGGCUGGCGCUGACAUCAGCAUGAUCGGUCAGUUUGGUGUAGGUUUCUAUUCCUGCUACCUGGUAGCUGACCGCGUCACAGUUCACUCAAAGCACAAUGACGAUGAACAGUAUAUGUGGGAGUCUGCUGCUGGAGGUUCGUUCACAGUCCGCCCUGAUCACGGCGAACCUUUGGGUCGUGGUACUAAGAUUGUACUCCAUGUUAAGGAGGACCUCGCUGAGUACAUGGAAGAGCACAAAAUUAAGGAGAUCGUUAAGAAGCACUCCCAAUUCAUCGGCUACCCCAUUAAGCUCGUAGUCGAGAAGGAACGCGAAAAGGAGCUCUCCGAUGACGAGGCCGAGGAAGAAAAGAAAGAAGAAGAGAAGGAAGACGAAAAGCCAAAGAUCGAAGAUGUAGGUGAAGAUGACGAAGAGGACAGCAAAGACAAAAAGAAGAAGAAGAAGACCAUCAAGGAGAAAUACAGCGAGGAUGAGGAAUUGAACAAGACCAAACCCAUUUGGACACGCAACGCUGAUGAUAUUACCCAGGAGGAAUAUGGUGACUUCUACAAAUCUCUCACAAAUGACUGGGAAGACCAUUUAGCUGUUAAACACUUCAGUGUGGAGGGUCAGCUUGAAUUCCGUGCACUUUUGUUUGUACCUCGCCGUGCGCCUUUUGACCUCUUCGAAAACAAGAAGCGUAAGAACAACAUCAAAUUAUAUGUCCGCAGAGUAUUUAUUAUGGAUAACUGCGAGGAUCUCAUUCCCGAGUAUCUUAACUUCAUCAAGGGUGUGGUCGACAGUGAGGAUCUGCCUUUGAACAUUUCUCGUGAGAUGUUGCAACAGAACAAGAUUUUGAAAGUAAUUAGGAAGAACUUAGUUAAGAAAUGCCUGGAACUCUUUGAGGAGCUCGCAGAAGACAAGGAGAAUUAUAAGAAAUUCUAUGAACAAUUCAGCAAGAACUUGAAGCUGGGUAUCCAUGAGGAUUCACAGAACCGUUCCAAACUUGCUGACUUGCUCCGCUACCACACGUCUGCUUCUGGUGAUGAAGUGUGCUCUCUCAAGGAAUAUGUAUCUCGCAUGAAGGAGAACCAGAAACACAUCUACUACAUUACUGGUGAAAACAGAGAUCAAGUAGCCAACUCAUCCUUUGUUGAGAGAGUUAAGAAGCGUGGCUAUGAAGUUGUCUACAUGACUGAGCCCAUUGAUGAGUAUGUAGUCCAACAAAUGAAGGAGUAUGAUGGCAAGAGCCUUGUCUCUGUUACCAAGGAAGGAUUGGAACUCCCCGAAGAUGAGGAAGAAAAGAAGAAGCGUGAAGAAGACAAAGUCAAGUUUGAAGGACUUUGCAAAGUCAUGAAGAACAUUUUAGACAACAAAGUAGAGAAAGUUGUAGUAUCUAACAGGCUUGUAGAGUCUCCAUGCUGUAUUGUAACUGCCCAGUAUGGUUGGUCUGCCAAUAUGGAGCGCAUCAUGAAAGCUCAGGCCCUCCGUGAUACAUCUACUAUGGGCUACAUGGCUGCUAAGAAACACCUUGAAGUCAACCCUGACCAUUCCAUUGUUGAAACACUGAGACAGAAGGCCGAGGCUGACAAGAAUGAUAAGGCUGUUAAGGACUUAGUAAUUCUCCUUUAUGAGACUGCCUUACUUUCUUCUGGUUUUGCUCUGGACGAGCCACAGGUCCAUGCUUCCCGUAUCUACCGCAUGAUUAAACUGGGUCUCGGAAUCGACGAGGAUGAACCUAUCCAAGUUGAGGAAUCCAGUGCUGGUGAUGUCCCACCCCUAGAAGGUGAUGCUGAUGAUGCUUCCCGCAUGGAAGAAGUUGAUUAAGUUAAUCGACAUAAAUUUGUAAUGGUGUUAAAUCUUUACUCUCAUAUUGUUGAUGAAGUGCCAACACCAUGGUCACCAGUUAUGCUUCGUAAAGCAAAAUGAAUCUUACAUUCUAUUUCUCAAAACUAAGUGUUUGAUGAGGUAUUGUCACUUCAUCUGACCUGUGAUUGUACUGCUAAGUUUUUUUUGUGCACUGGUGUACAGCCAAAGACUGAUUUUAGUUCAAAUUCCAAUAAUUAAAUGAUUACAUGUAAUGUAUCAAUAA